AUGCCUCCCCCUUUCCGAUCCCUUGCCCGAUCCUCAGCAUCAACUUCGCUUGGCCAGUGCCCUCCCUGUUUUCCUCUCCCUUUCCCCCUGUCCGCCUCUCCCUUUCCCCCUGUCCUCCUCUCCCUUUCCCCUUGUCCUCCUCUCCCUUUCCCCCUGUCCUCCUCUCUAUUUCCCCCUGUCCUUCUCUCCCUUUCCCCCUGUCCUCCUCUCCCUUUCCCCCUGUCCUCCUCUCCCUUUCCCCCUGUCCUCCUCUCCCUUUCCCCCUGUCCUCCUCUCCCUUUCCCCCUGUCCUCCUCUCCCCUUUCCCCUGUCCUCCUCUCCCUUUCCCCUGUCCUCCUCUCCCUUUCCCCCUGUCCUCCUCUCUAUUUCCCCCUGUCCUUCUCUCCCUUUCCCCCUGUCCUCCUCUCCCUUUCCCCCUGUCCUCCUCUCCCUUUCCCCCUGUCCUCCUCUCCCUUUCCCCCUGUCCUCCUCUCCCUUUCCCCCUGUCCUCUCCCUUUCCCCCUGUCCUCCUCUCUAUUUCCCCCUGUCCUCCUCUCCCUUUCCCCCUGUCCUCCUCUCCCUUUCCCCCUGUCCUCCUCUCCAUUUCUCCCUGUCCGCCUCUCCCUUUCCCCCUGUCGUUCUCUCCCUUUCCCCCUGUCCUCUCUCCCUCCCACCCUUCCUCCCCCUCUCUCACAUCCCUUCCUUUCCUACUGUCCUCUCCCACCAUUCACAGCUUCUCUCAGCCAUCCCUUUCCCCCCUCCCCUGUCCCUUGCUUUCCCCCACUACCGUCCCUUCCCUUUCCACUACGUUCUCUCCUGCACCAAUAG